UUUGAAACCCCCCCAAGGUAAGGGACCGUGUGAUUAGAGCGCAAGUAAUCAAUCAUUCGAAGCCCAGCGCUGAAGACGAAGAUUUUUCCCUAUGGAGGCACAAAGAAUCGCCCACAGUGGUCAAUCCCGUUGCUCAAUUGCCACGAGUCACCGACCAGCACGUUCGAAACCAUGCUCUUUCUUGCUCCAGGCUUCAUGUUUCCUUCCGCCCCAGUGUCAUUGAGUCCUUAUGGCCUGUUCAUGGAGGACAAGCCCGUGAUAUCCACGGGCUCCUAUAUUGUUCGCGAUGGAAAGGCCAUCCACCUCCAAGCCCGAGUCCUUGCUCAGACGACAAUUUCGCCGCCGUCCCCAAAGCCAGAGCCCCGAGCAGUUGAGGACGCGGUGGACCGCUACGAAGAGGUGGUCCGGGCCCCCUACGACUACCUCCGCUCUCUGCCCGGAAAGGACAUCCGCGGCAAGCUAAUCGCCGCCUUCGACGAGUGGCUCCAGGUGCCCGCAGACAAACUAAUCAUCGUCAAGGAGGCCAUUGAAACCCUCCACACCGCGUCUCUCCUGAUUGACGACAUCCAAGACUCCUCCAAACUCCGUCGUGGUAGCCCCGUCGCCCACAGUAUAUUUGGCAUCGCGCAGACGAUCAACUCAGCUAACCAUGCCUACUUUCUCGCCCAGGAGAGGGUGCUCGCUCUGAAUGAUCCGCGCGCGCUGGUCAUCUUCACCCGCGAGCUCCUCAGCCUGCACCGCGGCCAGGCAAUGGAUCUGUACUGGCGGGAUGCGCUCAUCUGCCCAACCGAAGAGGAAUAUAUCGAGAUGGUGUCGAACAAGACUGGCGGGCUUUUCCGACUAGCCGUGCAGCUGAUGCAAACUCUGAGCACGGUCAAUAUCGACUGCACAGAUCUAGUCGAGCUCCUAGGAAUCAUCUUCCAAAUCCGAGACGACUACAUGAACCUCCAAGCCGACACCUACACCAAGAACAAGGGCUUCAGCGAAGAUAUCACCGAGGGCAAAUUCUCCUUUCCAAUCAUCCACAGCAUCCACGCCCAGCCACGCAAUACACAACUGCUGAGUAUUUUGAGCCAGCGGACGGAAGACGAGUCUGUGAAGGCCUAUGCAACGCGGUAUAUGGAGUCCACGGGGAGCCUCCAGUUCUGCUUAGACCGGCUGGACGCCUUGCUAGACGAGGCAGCUGAGUUGGUGAACGGAUUGGAGCAGUUGCUCGGCCCCUCCAAGGGUAUUCGGGAUAUCUUGGCUCUGUUGCGUGUUACGGGACGGGACCGUUGAUGUGUCAGGUUGUUCCUAUCGGCUGGAUUAUCUUUAGGGCAGAAUUUCCAGCAUCGGCUACUGCAUUUUGGCAUUCCGAGUGACGUGAGCCGGCAUGGCGUGGUUGUGUAUUCGGCUGGGUCUACUCUUGCUACGCACGUAUCCUGGCAACGACCUUGACUGUAUCAGAUGGGGUGGAGACGGAGUGAUUAGCAAUCCAGGCCAGCAGACGGGAGGUGCGACAUUAAGCGCUUGGGAU